AUGGAGAAGGUGGCGAUUAUUACAACGAGGAACCCCAAGAAGAAGAAGAUGGUUACUACAACGAGGAAGCUCAGGAUGGCGAUGCAGAGAAGAUAUAACUAUGAUGAUAAUCACGAGGAAGGUCAUGAAGAGACCGAAGAACCAGAAUAUGAAGACCAUACAGAGCCUGAACCCGAGCCAGAGGAAGCACCUGAAAACAAUGAGGUGAUUGAACCGGAAAAGCAAGACGACGAUGACUAUGGAGCGGAAGAGCAGGUAGAGAGUCAUGAAACAAAUGCUGAAGAUUCGAAUGCAGCAGGAGAUAGUGGCGGCGGUGGCGGAUUCGGCAGUCUCGUGAAAGGAGCGUUAGAUGGCUUUGGUAGUUCUAACAUUGGAGAUAUUGUUGGAUCCAUCAGUCAGAUCGCUGGAGGAGAAGGUGGUCUCACAACUAUAAUGUCUUCUGGUGGUUAUGAACUGACUGAAACUGGUGCGAUUAUUGGUGCGAUAGCUGGUAACCUCAUUUUCAAUAUGGGUGGGCGUGGCAACUCACUCACUAGCAUUGGAAAAGUGAUCUUGGACAACAUUAUCAGUGGAAAGUACAAACGAGAUGUAAGUCCUUUUCUGAAGUCCACUGUU